AUGAACCGAACGGUUGAACUUAUGCCUGAUUUCCGACGUAUGAACAAGGCAGAAAUCACCGGAGAUAGGUGCCGACACGUCCUAACCUUCAACCCAAACUCUGCCAAACCUGGAGAAGAAAUUUACGUUAAUAUUCCAAAGCUAAAAACCGACUCCGUUCUCGUACCGGACAGCAUAGAUUUGGUUUUUGACUUUAAGAACAGUAACACAAAAUCCUGGUUCAGAAACAGCUUAGGAAAACUACUCCAAAGGAGAUUGGAAAUUCGUCUCGCAGGAGAAAAAGUCUAUGAUAACAGUGGAGAAAGUUUGCUGGAGGUCUAUAAGGACCUAUGGUUAUACAGGAAACAGCGUGACGACAUGGUGGAGGAUGGUAUUGCUAGCGAAGCCACGAGGAAGAAAGUAUCCAAAGAUGAUGCUGCAAACGACGAUGCGGAUGCCGCCGCAUUGUUCGGAGUAUUCGGAACGAAACAAAGAAUCCGAAACGGUAAAAUCCUAAAAGAUCACGGACUCUACGCUCCACACAAUAUGGCAAACGAUCUACAGUAUAUCAUAACCAUACCAGCGGCAGAUGAAAUCAUGAACGCACAGGGUGGGGAAAGUGUGGAAGGGUAUACCCUGGAAAACAUUGAGUUGGAGUACGAAUCAAUCGACAACAUCGGAUUGGCAAGAAAAGUGGAAAGUCAGUACAACGUCGGACGUAAGCUGUCUUUCGAACACGCCAUCCUGAUGAAAAAGACGGAAUGGAGUAAGGACUCCACCAUUAUCAACGAAACGAUGAACGUGCCACGCAGAAGCAUGAAAGCCAUCGUCAUGUUGUUUACGAACAAGACAAAGACAGACAGUGAAGAAUACGUUUACCUUAACAUCGAAAAGGUUAGGGUAACCGUGGAAGGUGUGCCCAACGCAGUCUACAGUCAAGGUAUUCCGAAAACAAGACUGUAUGAAGAGGCAAGACAAUUGUUUGCCACCGGUGAAAUCAGUCAUCAAACGCUAACCAACUUUUUCAAAGACAAAAAAUUCGCGCUGGUCAUCAAUCUCAGAAGAGUAAACGGUGUCAGCACAUUCGGAAACGGUGUCAGCACAUUCGGAAACGGUAUCAGCACAUUCGGAAACGGUGCUAAAAUUCAAAACACCCAGUCUGGAAUACUGGUGGAAAUCACGAAAAAAGCUAUAACUGCGAACGUCGUAUGUUCGUUCUUUCCGAUGGUGUCAUCGGAAUUGAAAACGGACAACUCACCGGAGUACAGUAUUAAAAUAAUACAAAAAUAUUUAGGGAUCACAGUUAUUCCAAACCUAGAAGG